AUGGACCAUCACUGCCCAUGGACCUCCAACUGUGUCUCGCACUUCACCUUUCCGCACUUCGUGCGAUUUCUGUUCUGGGCAGUAGUCGGGAUAGCCUAUCUUGAGACUCGGCUGUGGGUGCGCGUCUCCAAGAUUUGGGGGUCAAGGAACUUGCCUAGUUACAUGGGACCUAGCAUGGGACAGAUCGGCCAUCUGUUCAUCCUUUUUGUCACCAAUAGCUUGACUCUCUUUGCACUUACUCUGCUUCUUCUCAGGACUCUUUGGUCGCUUGGGUCAAACACGACUACCAUUGAAUCAUGGGAGAUCGAACGGCACGAAACACUGCUUCGACGAGCUCGGCGUUUUGGAGGCUCCCUGCCCGGACCAGGGGGCGUCAGUGUGCCCAUAGUGAAGCAAGAGUUUCCUUACGAUAUUGGGAUCUGGUCUAAUAUCAAAGCUGGAAUGGGCGGGAGUGCUAAUGUACUGAGCUGGUUUUGGCCAUUGGCAAAGACACCUGACAGGAGUACCGGCCUGGAGUACGAGGAAAAUGGGUUUGAAGACCCCACUGUUUCGUGGCCACCGCCAGACCCAGAUCGCAUUCCUCUCCCACCUAGGGAGCAGCAGAAUGAUUUAAUGUACGGCACCACAGACACAAGUGGGAAUAUUGAAGUCGAAGCUUUCAGAAGGCGACAAGAAGCAGAUCUUAGACGCCGGAGAGGCCUGGUCGAACUUGAGCGCCGCAAGCCGUUCCACGCACGGUUUGAGAAUUCAUCAAAUGAGUCGUCAGAUGUGGACAGUGAUGUCAAGAAUGAGGACUCCGAUCGCGGCGAAGAAGGCUGGAAGAAUUCUGAAGGCGAAAGACUGCGCGACUUCGGCGUUGACGAAGAGGCCGAAUUCUACGAUGAGGAGGAUAUCCCAUUGGCUAUCUUGAUCCAGCAGCGAAAAGAAAGACAGCAUUUAUCGCGUUAA